AUGGGGUUUGAGAGAUUGACUUCGUUAUGGCGAGCCUCCUCAAGAAACGACUCUCCUUUUGUUUGCUUAAGUCUCUUCACUUCUCCUGGGAUUAAGGAGGCUGUGGUGACUAAAAAAACUCCUACAACAUUGGGACCAUAUUCUCAGGCCAUCAAGGACAAUAAUCUUCUAUUUGUCUCUUGUGUUCUCGGUCUUAUUCCAGAGACUGGAAAGUUCAUCUCAGACACUGUAGAAGAUCAAACCAAGCAGUUACUAAAAAAUAUGAGUGAAAUACUGAAAGAUGGUGGUGUUGACUAUUCCUCGGUGGUUAAGACAACAAUUAUGCUAGCUGACUUGAAAGACUUCAAGAAAGUAAAUGAGAUCUAUGCAAAAUGUGAGUAAAAAAGUUGAAAUCCGUUUUUCAUUCAAAAUUAUAUGGUUUCACCAGUUUAU